UGGUUACCGAGGAAAUUACGGGCACUUUCUUUGCGUCAUACGUGACUGUGGGCGGGACCGGCUUUCUGGGGGCCGUGCUUUCGGAUUGGCUGUCCAAGCGUGAUGUCACCGCGUGUAUAUAUGGGCUGCUGUUGCAACAAGAAGACAUUCACUUACUACUUCGAUGAUCAAGCUACAGAGAACCAUGGCGAAACACAUUGAGCGAAUUUGACGGAGGAGACGUAAAAAUGUCGAAAACCAGCCGGAGAAUGAAGCGACAACAGCUGUCACCGACGAAUAAGCGGAGUCUGUUGGUUCUGGACGAGGAAUACCAGAAUACGUGAGGAUAUUUCUAUAGACAGCCGUUAAACGAGGAGAAAGAAGCGGGGGAGAAAAUGGCUACUACCGAGGAGAAGAGCUCAGAGUGGACGGCUAUGGAGAGGUUCGGCGGCGGAGGGAUGGCGCUGCUUCCCUGGACUAAACAGAUGCUCAGCGGGCUGUGGGGACAGCUGCGACUGCUGCUUCAGGUCAUCUAUUACACCUUUGUUUCAGUUUUUCAGAUGUUCAGGUUUGAGGUCCACGUCAGAAUCACAGACGAAACAGGAGAGCACAUCCAGCAUAUGGGGACCACCUCAAACACCCCUGAAUCCUUCCUGUUUUCCUCCUUGUUUGACGGCGACAGCGGAGUCAUGGUCGGCGGCUCAAGCCCUCUCUCUAACUUCUGUGGCGAGGUUGGCGACCCCUUCGCUGGGAAAUCCACAGCUGAGGCCCUGCUGUCCAGUCUGCGCGGUGACGACCUGUGCUGCGGGCUGGUGGACGACUUUGUGUCCAGGACAGCGGCUAAGGAGGAAGGCAUUCUGCUCGGACACCAGUCUACCUGGAAAAUGGGCUUCCCUGGUGACUGGAACAUCUUCGUGUCGAGCAGCGAUGGCUGUAAUUCGAGCGACGCCUGCCACAGAAGCGAUAAAGUCAACCCCAAAGAGAAAGUUUUCAAACAGGAGAUGUCAGAGGAGGACAGGAGCUCUCAGUGGAGCAGUGAAGAGGAGCCCAACUUUGAGUUUCAGAGUCAAGAAAGUCAGGAGCUUUGGGAGUCCUUGUCUAAAUCCAGUGAUCCGUACAAUCCUCUUUUUUUCUCUGCCUGCAUUUCAACCAACUCAGACAUGGGGAUAAGUAAAGGUGACAUUAAAACCAGCAGGGUUCCUGAUCUGAAGGUGAGCGAGGAGAAGCUGGGACAGCCAGGGCUGAACAUGUGGGUGUGCCGCUCCGACAGCGAGAGUAGCUGGAGCAGCUGGGCUGGUUCCGAAUGUUCCAGCCCCGAUAUCGACAAGGAGGAAAGCGAUAAGCUGUGGCAGCUCUUCAGCAACCCUGAAGACCCGUACAACCCCAUGUUCUUCACUGCCAGUACAACCAGUAGCCCCACUCUGAAAACCAAAUCCACCUCAGUAUGUAAACAAGCCUCCCUCCCUGCACCUCCCCCCAGGUCAGACACAGAGCAAAGGCCAAGCAGCUUUCCUCCAUUGGAGGACGACGACGAAGAAGAACUGCUCUGGGAAUCUCUGGGCCAAAAACACGACCCCUACCACCCUCUGAACUUCCAGGCUUCCCUUCAUAGCUCCUCAAUAACAUCUAAACCUGACCAUCAAGCUCAAAGUCCGCCCGCCAAGACCAGGAAGAAGAUAGCAGCUGACAAACCUGCUCUGCCUUCCAGAAAAGUAACGCAGCACUGCCAUGCAGACAGAAGACUGGUGCCAUGGAGGAGAGCUGAGCAGACAGCUCAGGCUCCGCCUCCUGAGGGGAAGAACGACAAACCCAGAACCAAGCAGAAAAAGGUUUGUUUUUCUCCUCUCGUACAAGUCCAUGUCAUGCGGACCUGGUCCUUUGCCCGCCAGGCAUCCAGAAAAGGUCCCUGGGAGGAACUAGCGAGAGACCGGGAUCGUUUCUGGAGGCGGAUUCUGGAGGCGGAGAGUGCCAUCGGCUGCUGUCUGAGCCAGCCUCACAGAGAGAAGAUGCGGGCGUAUCUGGACAGUGCCUUGAAUCAGACGAAGGGUCCUGAACACUGAACUUUUCAUUUCCUUUGUGGAUGAGAAUCUGUGAUUAGUUGCAAUGCAACAGUGAAUUUUUUGGUUGUUUUUUAUUUUUAUUUAGGCCGAUUAGAAAUUUGGAUGUUAGGCCAUUGUAAAUGUUUGCUGUCAAGUUGAGCAACUUUGUACCUCAAGAGGUUUUAUACAUUGUGUAACUGUUGCACUGGCUGACACUUUUCUCAUAUUAACCUCAGCAUUAAUGUGUGGAAUGUUGUUUUUUUGUAUGCCUUAUAUACUGACCUAGUAAUGUAACCUGUCGAAGCUCCGCGGAGCUUCUGCUUUGUUUUUAAUCGUCGCCUUGAACUGUUUGUACUCGUUUUUAUAUGCGUGACGAAACCUCAGUGGUAAGUCUACGUAGAGGAUGAUAUCAUAAGAAAGCAGAGCUUUACGUCACAAAGUGUUUUGUAAACAUCGACCCCUGGUGCAAUCUGUGUUGUACUUUAAUAUUUAUCCUUUUGUUCUGUAUCGUUAUAUUUAUAUGCAGCCUUUUUAAUAUAAAAUAAAAAAAGGCAGGUUUGUGACUUGAAUCGGGGCACUUUGAUCAACGUGAUUCACUCAGCAUCUCAUGGUAACAUCAUGUAGCUUAAAGUUUUUGGUAGCAAAUGAUUGUUGCAACUUUGUUCAGUCAAUAAAAAUCUGA